AUGUCGCCCUCAACCGCAUCGCCUCCUAAGCGUCAAGAAGCUGACAAGAAGACGUUGAUGCGAGAUCUGCCGGUGGACGAGUUUGUAAGCAUGAUCGAUUACUACAAAGGAUCCGAGGUUACGGUCACCGUGGAGAACAAGGAGUACAAGCUUCCCAAGCUGCUUGUUUGCCACAACUCAACUGUGUUCAACGCGGCCUUCAACGGAACAUUCAAAGAAAGCGAAGAGCAGAAGAUAACCCUUGACACCUCCACCGGCGUUUUCGAACUUGCGAUCAAGUGGAUGUACACUGGUCGACUGGGCCCUCAAGUUAAGACAAUGAAGAACUCCGACUACUUAACUCAACUUCUGGAGUUUCUGACUUUAUCCGACUUCCUCGGUUUGCUGGGCCCACUCGAUCCUAUCACUGAACAGAUCCGUUCCAUUCUUUCUAACCGUGCAAAUCUUCGUUCCGAGCAUCUUGACCGCGCCAUGAAGCAGCUACCUGGCACACAGGCACGAGAAAUCAUACUCAAAGCCUGUGUCGGCCCAUAUCUGAAAAGUUUAGGAUGGUCCUAUGUCGACAGGGGAGCAGGAGCAAUUUCAGAUUUCAGAUUUAAGGAAAAGUUGAAGAAUCUGGACGGAUUUGCCGUAGAACUUUUCCAGCUCUUCGACGAGACAAUGCGCAAGAAAGGAGAUUGGACGUAUGGCCAGAGCAGGGUCCAGGAUCCAGCUACCGGCCAGUUCCUUUACUGCAAGUAG